AUGGACACCCCCGUGAAGGAUGCGAAGGAUGGAGGCAGCAGAGAGCCAUGCUAUGACCAAUAUAACAACGAAAUUUUGCUUCAUCUAGAGAAAGAACCCAACCUAAAUAAUAGAAUGCACAUGUUGAAACGGGUUCGUGGAAAGCCGUGGAAAGAUGAACGCACGUACAGCCCCUACGACACAUUCCCCUACGGGGGGAUCUUCUACCAUGACCUAAUUGUAAAGGACGUGAUAAAGUAUUGCUUCAAGCGGGGAGGCGACUACCUCGACGUGCAGCCCAUGGCGCAGUCGCUGGACCCGCCGACCACCCGGGCACUACCGGGAUACGUUUAUCUCGGCGCAGGUAUACUGAAGGAGAGGCAGAGGAAGAAACACGGGGAAAGGAACAGGAUGGUUUUUAUAUUUUGCCUUAACGAGGCGCUGCUCAGGGGGGGCAGCCACGUACACCCUAGCAGGCGACACAGCCAAGCGGAAGGGGUAUCAGAUGUAGCGGCAAAGGGGGGAACUCUCCGGAGCAAGAGCAGUAGGAGUAAGAGGCAGAAGAAGGACAACCUACUUCGAGACCUAGAUGACAUUCUUAAUGGAACAAGGUCCCAUCAGAACCCAUUUAUAAAGACCAAGACGUCCCUACUGUGGGAGGAUGUUCACAAUAUGGAGGGUGGCAUGUGCACAGAUGUCAACAGGGACAAAAAGAAUUUCACCUUUGAGUCCUUCUAUUGCGAGUCUACAUUUACGGGUUCGCUCAGGGGGAGUAAAAUGUUCGCAGGGGGGGCCAACGGCCGCAGUGACCACAGUACAAACGAUGGUACGGAGGACGGUACGGAGGACGGUACGGACGAGGGUACAAACGGCGGUACAAACGACGAUACGGAGGACAGCAGAAGUGACAACAGAAGUGACCGCGGAAGUUUCCGUACCGAUGGGGACUCUUGCCCUUCUUGGGACCACUCCCCCGAGGAGUAUUCCCCUGGGUAUUGGGGCAACUCCACUGAUGAGAGCCCCUCGGAACACGACACGGAAGAGAGCUCCUCCGAGAGCAGUGACCACGGGGGACACUCCCAACACGACCGCCACACCUACCUUCAACGAAGGAGAAAUGUUUAUAGCGACCCAAACGGCGUCUUCAUCUUAAAUGUGCUACACCACCAAUGCGAGGUGUACUCAGUUAAGUGGAAGGAGAAACAAAACGACCCCUUUUGUGUUAUCACUUCAAUCUGCUUCGAUGGAUAUAUGUACAUCUGGAGGGAGCAUACCAACAGCCAAAACAAAAUCACUUUUGUAUCUGUGUGCCGAAUUUAUGUCCCUUCCUUUGAGCAAAUGAUUGGGUCCGUAAAAUGGUGCUGGGUAGAUAAAGACACUAGCAGUGAAAAUUUUUGUCGCUUCUGGGGCAACAACAGAAAGGCAAACAUCGCAAGGAAUGAAUACUUAAUUGUUUAUGGGUCUCGAAAUGAGUGGAGUCCAGGUGGUGGUGUUAGGAGAAGAGGAACCCCCCGUGGGUGCGAUGAAAGGGAGCGAACCAUCUCCUCCGUCUUCUCCAUCUACGCCAUUUUCAACAUAUACAGUCACGACGCCCACGUGAAAAAUAUCCUGAGCUACGAAAAUAUUCCUAUAAACCUCAAUUACGAGUACGUGCUCCAGGCAAAGAUCAAGUAUGGGUCCCUGAACACAUCACUCAUUUCAAUUUACACAGAUGACACCUUCCUACCAGAAAACGAGUAUCAUAUGAAAUUCGGCCAGUGGAAAAUAAAAAAAAUUUGCCCCCUUUCAGAUUCGCUCUUAUUAGAUAAGAGUAAUCCACAUAGGGGUGUGGCACGAGAGUUCAAUGGCUGGGACCACGCAGAAGUGACCGAGUGCUCUCUCUCCUCCAGUGGUAGUGGGUCCACCACAGAUCACAACGAAGAAGGAGGAAGUGACUACGGCGAUUGUGAUGAGGAUUAUUAUCAUGGUGGUGACCCAGGUGCUAGACACAAUGGAGGGACCACUGUUUGGAGACACCCCCGCAGAAAGGACAACAUGAAAAAAAAGGACUUUCUCCUGUUUAGGAAACUUUUCAGCACAGUCAGCAACUUAAUGCCCCCAUUCGCUCUUACCAUCUCGACCUACAAUGGAGAUUUAUACAAAAUUAUGAUCAAGCCAAGUGACAUAUGGAUAAAAAAAAAAAAAAGUGUUAGUGUAAGGUAUAUGCUACAUUAUAAAGUAUGCGAACCUUCUUCCAAAUGGGAAAAAAAAAAAAAAAAAUUAUCGAGUAAAGGAAAGCACGACGAGCCAAUCCUUCAAGAAGACUGCGCAAUCCAUUUUAACGUCAACCACAAUGCCGUUCUGGUGCAGAAUAAACGAAACGGAAAAAUUUACCUGUACAAUUUCGACAUGGGUGUUAGAAGUAGGAGUAGUUUAUGUGAUGGGUUUCCCAUCCAAGCGAAGGGAUCCUAUGUGUGGGCAUCGCCUGCCCAAUGGCAUGGCACGGGUUGUCCGUCCUCUCGCUGUAGUUACCCCCAGGAGACUCCAACAACAGCCACCAGGCAAAACAAAGAUGGUCAAUACUCAUUCGAAAGGCAUCCUAACGAUGACGAGAUGGCCCCACUGGAUGGCGCAACAUGUCACAGCGCAACCAACAGCAGUGUUAAAAAACUUCCAAAUGGUGAAAAACCGUUGGAAGCUUCCCCAUCGGGUUUUUGUAACGUGGAGGAUGUCGCAGUAGAAGAGACGCAGAGUAAGCACAAGACGUGUAGGAGUAGUGACCCGCAUGACGAUUCAUGGGUCCAACCGGCGGAGGCAAAAAAGAGAAGAGGGGCAUUCACCCCCCUGUGCUGCCUAAACAGCAUGUACAUUGAUAGGUACUACAUGUUGAAGCACAAGGGAAGUGACACCCUCAGGAGGAAAGCCCAUUUCAUUUAUUCAUACUCAUAUCAGAUGUGUAGAAUGUAUGAACAAGUGAAGAAGAACCCACACGUGUGCAUAUCAACUAGCGAAUUUUUAGAAAAAAAAAAUACGAUUCCCUUGACCUACAAAAGCGCAGUUAUGGAUUCAUUUGAUUCCUUUUUCGUGCUCAUGUGUGUGGACAAAAAUCGCGAGUUCAUCUUUGCACUCAAGUCAGACACCCAGGACGUUGUUCAUAACUCCAAAAUGCUCUGUAUCUUUGACGAGGGUUUUCCACUAACCGGCUUGCAAGGCAACUCCUCCCCACACCCAAACGAACCGAACAACAAUGUGUACCUGAACAAAGCGCAGGAGGAUAUUUACAAAGCAGAAGGGGUAUCAUGCGUGAUGACUGGAUACGAGAUAAGUGACUUCCAUCUCCACACUAAAAACGGCCAGAACUACCUCUUCCUAAUUAUUAAGUACAGUUAUAUCAACUCCGAGAAGAGGACUAAACACGCUCACCUAGUUACCCUCUCCACUAUACACAUUCAAAAAGAGAGUUCUAUUUAUAUAAACUUAGAGCUGAACCAGAUGUUUACCUUUUUUCAUUCCAUGGGGGAAAAAUUCUUGUUCUCGUACAUUCACGUCUCCUACCAGGGGAAGUUUAUUGUCGCCACCAAUCACACCCUGCGUGGAGGAAAAAAUAACUCCGUUCAACUGGAGGAGAGAUCACCUUACACUGUGAACCCACAAAAUGUGCAUUCCGUUCAUAAGGGUAACUGCACACUGGUGGAGGGACAACUACGGGGAAGUGAACAGGAUGGUGCUUUUUACCACCCAGAGGAAGAUUUGCUCGCUGUUAGGAAGGGACUUCUGCAAGUUAGAAGCUCCUCCGGGGUGGAGAAACCAUACGUGUUGGUACUGGAUGAUGAGGACCCCCACAAGCAAGAAGGGCAGAAUGAAGACAAAUCAUUACACUCAAACGAAAUGGUAGUAAACCUGUACCUCCUCUGCACAGAACAAGGAUCCAUCGCGCAUCCUGUUCAAAUUAGAAAUGUCCCCGAUCUCGUCGACAUAGUUGUCCACGGAAGCUAUGUCGUCCUACUAACAAAGACGAAACUUCAAGUUGUGAACCUCAAGACAGUUUGUAAUGACCUAAUCAGAAUGGAAGAAAAUAACAUGGAAGAUAUACCUCUCUCCAUGGAAAAGACAAAUAUCUUAAACUUUGUUUCGAUCCCCUUACCGAAAAUGUUCGAAAAUAAAAAAACAAAAAUUUGUAUGACUUGUUCAGGUGAAAAAAACACAUAUUUUAUUGUAGCCAGUUUUUUGGUCAAUUUAAAACAGCUUAAACAGAGGGGACAACAUCAGAGGGAAAAGAAAAUAUGUAAUGGGAAGGCAAAUGACGAGAGGUUCGCACAUAAAAAAUACUACGUCUCCGUGGUUUUGUUCUGUGAAGCAUCGAAUGACAAUGAGUGGAAGGUUUUAAAUUAUGAAACGAAUCCCUUCUUCCUCUCCAAGCAGGUGUUUUUGUUUGAAAAUAAUUUGUUCCUGCUGAGUGGGGAGCAGAAGAGGAGGGGUUUCGUGUGGGAUCCAAGCCAGAAAAAAUUUCUCAACGAGGGAUUCAUAAGGAGUGGUUUGUGGGGUCGAAAAGGGAAAAACAUGCGAGUCAUCACCCAGACGAGGUGCCCUCGUGGCCAAAAACUGUACCGACGCAAAAUCAACCUGUACAAUGAACUGAAGAAAUGUCAAAAACGAGGCGAAGGAUAUAUGGAGGGAGAAAAAGCCGAGGCAGAGGCUCUCCCAUGCAAAAAGAAACAUCACGUCUUUUAUCACCCCCUUGGUCUCUUGCAGUACAUAAAGAUGGGUCUCUUUUCUCAUGUAUAUAUGGCAUUGAAAUUACUCCUAAGCCUUUUGCUCAACAGGUUUUAUAAUUCUGUUGAAAAAAUUAACGUUAGAAAUAAUAUCUCGUGGGAGGGGUGUUCUAGGAAAAAGCACUGCGCUCUGCACAUCCUACUGGAGAACACAAAUAUGAAAAAGUCAGUCCAGGAAAACUUUGGUGAUAUAUGCACUGUACAGAAAAGCAAUUUCCUUUUUAACUUAAAUUUUUUGACCACUGAAAUGUGUAAGUUUCAACAGAGUGCGCAAGGUAGGGUUAAUGAUGAUGUGUGUGCAGGAGGAGACGCAGAUGGGAAGGAACAGGGGGAGGAGAAGAGUCUCCUCCAAGGGAAGAACGAUAAUGCAGAUGUGGGGGGACAUAAGGAUAAAUCUAUGUACCUGUUUGAAGUCGAGUCGGUGUCAUUGGACGAUUUUAAUCUCAACUCUGAUGAGGAGGAAUCUGCCUCGUCGAAGAAGGGUAGCGAGGAGGAAGAGAAGGCCCCCACCCCGUCGCGACAUUCUGACCAAAGAAGCAGCAGCGACCAAAGCGGGGGACGCGACAGCACCGAUCAAAGUGAGUGCAGUGAGGACGAACGGGAACGGAUGCAGCGGAACUUCAAGUACGACCUGAAAAACGCCCGCGUGACAAACUACCAAUUGACGGCUGAAGAGGUCAAGAUCCUCCAGAUUCUACUCCUCCAUGUGAAUGUCCCCCACUUGAGAGCCUUCGACCAGCUCCUUCUCUUUUGUGUGUUGAACGCAUUCUGCGUUAAUUUGGGAGCGCCCCCCGCGGAUGAUAGUAACAGUGAGAGUGGGGGCAGCAUGAGAAGCAUGCGAAGCAGUGGAGGUGAUGGCUUCGAUAGCAGUCACCCAUCGGAAGACUCCGCUGCCGAAGAGGGUGCACACACCUCCAAAAAAUGCACCAGAUGCCACUGUGAAAAUUUUGGUCUGCACCUCCAGAAGGAACUCAUCAAGACAGAAAACAUGUACCUGUAUGACCACGUGCAUGGAAGUGGAGACCAGGGAGGACAACCCAACGGAAGCAACAUGACCCAAGUCAUCCUCUUUUUUUAUCGCCUCUACAUCAAUUGCUGUCUCUUCCUAAACAUAAACCUAGAAAUUCAUCACCAGUAUGCCUACCUGCUCUAUUUUGUACAUGAGAAGGUUGCAGAGGAUCUGAGCAAUUAUCUGGAGAAUCUCCUGACCCACUACAACCACUCCUUCCGCCUCCCCAUUAGCAGCAGUGACUUAAGCAGCGUCGACCUGUUCGAUAUGAGUGGCGCAGUGAGUGCGAGACGCGGUUCCCAUGUUGAACCUGUAUCACUUCCCUACCACCACCAAGAUGGUAGAAUGUCCUCCCAUGGCCGUCUCGUACGAUGGACACGAAAAGAAAAUGCCCCACCACAACCAGAGCUUAAUAAUGUACUCAUUGAAAAAAUGAACAACUUCAAAAUGAUAGAAGAGGGAGUCCACAAGUUUUGUUUUUUUUUUUCAUUUAGAAGUAUGAAGUUGUUCUAUGCACUUCACGAUAGGGAUAACUUAUUUUACCUGCAUGAGGUGCUGACGAACAGGACAAUAAAAAAAAUGAACAGCCUCAAUGUCGAGGAUAAAGAAAAACAAAAUGAAGUAAAUGAAUGUUUAGACUUUCUCGCAUUAUUAUAUCUAGCGAAAAAUGAGAAACAGAAACUUAUGAUGUUGUAUAAAAUUAAAAAGCAACAAAAAAUUUUUGAAUUCCUUUCAAAUGAUUUUUCUAAAGAGAGAUGGAGUAACGCACUUAUGAACAAUGCAUACAAGUUGGUACAAAUUAACAGAUACUACCUGGCCAUCGCCUUUUUCAUUCUUCGUGGAGACAUUAAAGACGUCAUUGAUGUGGCUUAUCAAUAUUUGGAGGACCCACAAUUGAGUGUCUUCCUCAUUAGACUCGUUUAUGCCUCCUACGUAGAAAAGGGGCAGGGCCUUGGAGGCAGAAAUAACUUUUUGGUGUGCGCACCGUGUGCCCCUUUAGGGGAAAGUAGUAGCGUGUUACAGGACUCCAGCAUGUCCGCGGUACAGGGCAGUGGCUACCUGCCCUCCAGCGAAGUAGGCGAUAUGGGCAAUAUGAGUGAAGUGGGGGAAGAGCCAAGUAAAGAAGUCCUGGAUGGUGAAGUGAUGGCAGGAGAGGGUAAAGAAAUUGAAGAGGAAUCGCUCCACUACCUGAAGGAACCACGUGACUUCCUCCAACAAUACUUGAGCUACAUUUUUGCCAAGAAACUCAAGUCCGAUCGCCAUGAAGAUGUUCAUCGUAGAUACCACCUUCAGGACAGAAACUACUACCGGGACGUGAUGAAGAAUAUCCUGCUAGGGAAUUAUGCAGAGGUGCACUCCAAAUGUAAAGAAUCAAACAGGUAUGCUUUUCUCCUUCUGGUGUUGAAAAAUGUUAUUGUGGGUAGAAUAAGGAGACAGGAGAAGAGACAGGGGGGGGGUGCUGCACUCGGGGUGGCUGCUCUGUACGGCGCUGGUCAAGAUACACGCGGCCAAGGUGUAAGCGGCCAUGGUGUACACGGUCAAUACGAAAAGGAAUACGAAGACGGAGACGAACAACGAGAAUGCACCUUUAGGAUGAGUAAAAUCGAGUGCUACUUCAGCUCCCUCCAUUUUUGCUCGCAACACAUGAGCAACCUGUCAUUCAUUUUGCUCUUCAUUUUUUUUCACGUCACCGACAAAGACCAAGAGUUGAUGCUCCUCCAUGACAGACUCAAAUUCUUCUUGUGUGUCUCCUCUGAAGCUUACCUGGAGACCUUUCUCAGUGCAAAUAAAUUCUUGUUUGAGAUUAUUUUUGCUUCCUCCUGUGAGAAUAAGGGGGGGCCCCGGGUAGCCAGCGGCGACCGGGAGGACAGAGACAACUCCAUCGACUUCACGCACUCGUUCAAGCUGUUUGCGCAGCUGGUGCAUUUGCUCUUUGAGUGCAUCAGCCGGGGAGGCGCCAGCGAAGACCCAGGCGCAUAUGCUGAUACGGACGGUCUUACGCGCGGUCGUACACACGAUGGUACGCGCGGUUAUAUACAAUGUGAAGCAAACUGCAACACGCAUGGCAACACGCAUGGCGACCCACACUGUGGCGCGGUCGAACCCGCGCCGGGCUUGCGCCGCCUGUUGAACAAGCUGAGGGACAUCAGAACGAAGGACAGCUGCGCGAGGAAGCGCAACCUGAGCCUCUUCCUAACCACACUACUACAAAAAAUAAAUAGCAUGCACGGUGGGAAGAGCACCCAGCUGCUGUUCAACACAACUAGUGUCAACCAUUACAUGCGUUACGAAGUUUCAAAGAACGAAAUGAGAGAUUCAAGUUGUCCCAGUGCAAUCCCUAACCUCUACGUUUCCUUAAACAAGUACAAUACCCUCCUGACCCAUUUAUUUUUUCACUUCUUUACACUACACAUUGUGGAAGAGGCACAGAGCGAAAACGUCAUUCGGUUCGUACUGAAUUACAUCGUUCCCAUUCUCUUUAUCUACGUAAAUGACGUGGUUAGGGUUCUGUUUAGUUUUGUAAAGAACAGCAAGUGCGAAUCGUCGUCCUCUCUGCACGACCCCGUGUCGUCCCUGCGCGAACUCUUGGCGUCCCUGCACGCCCCUUACCUGCAGAUUGUCAUUUUGCGCGUCGGCCUUCGCAACUGCUUCUCUCGGGAGGGAAAUGAAGAAGCGCAUGUGUCCACACAUUUGAAGAACAAUUUGAAGAAGAAUGUGAAGCCACAUUCGAAUCACCUGUGUGAACCCAGCACGGAGGAAGGGGGAAGAGUAACGAGACAAGAAGCAUGCAACAAACAAGAGAAAAUCCAUAAUAUAUACAUAAAGGUUGACCCAAAGUUUUUUUCUUAUCAUAUGCACCUGUUAGAUCUGUUCCUAUGCUACCUAACCGUGCUGGUUAUAUGCUUCCUCAUGCUGGACACCCACUACGGCUUCUUUCACAAUGGAGAUGUGUGCAUAAAUAAACAGAACACUCAAGGGAAUGAAAGAAGAACCCACCAAAGUAGAACCCAUAAAGGAAGACACCUGAAAAAGCUAUUUCUCGUCUUGCGUCUUCUACUGAAAAAAAUUAAAAAAUUAAAUUGGGCAAUUGAAAAUGUGUAUAAAGGGAAUAGCACCAUCAGCACUGCCGAUCUGUUGAUUAAAUUUGUUAAGUGUGCCUACCUUAGAGGGAAGAAAGGAAAGCUAUCUCCAUGGUUGCACAUGAUCAGUGGGGACAAUUCCCUCCAUGGAAGGAUGAAGAAGAGGAAAAGAACAACCAGCAAUAGCAAGCAGAACGCCAGAAUGCUCUCCAGCGAAGGUAUAGACGUGAAUGUAACUCCAUUGGAAAUAACCUCUCCUCCUAGCAAGAGCAACCUUCAAAAUGAUAAAGACAUAGAACCACAGAUGAGCAUACGCUCAUGUGAGUACGUGCACAAGGGAAGACUAUCACAAACAUCAUUCUCGUUUUCACCCCCAGAGCAAGAGGAAACAGAAAACCUGCUCUUCGAAAAAUAUUGUAUCGUGAGCAUUUUCUUAUCCACCUUCGAACUGCUCAUUGGAAACUUCCACAUCUUUGCGUACAAGGCGAACGUCUUCACACCACAACUGCACAUGAGAGGCAAGGGCAGCUAUUCAGUAAAAGGAAGCGACCCACAUGGCGCUCUCCACAUAACAUACAGCAAGUACAGCCAGGCAAACACGAAGAGCCACAUCAACCCAUUUUAUUACAAUACGUGUAUUCUUCUGCACUUCGUUGAUAAUCUGUGCCAUUUGGUAAAUAAAUUUCUCCUCUGCAGGAUGAAAGAUCUUUUAUACAACUCUGCAUACAAUAUUAAGAACACCUUGCUGACCUUUCUGUCUUUCCCUUUUUUCUUCAACAAAAUAAAGACAAAGAAACAGAAUCAUGUUUUGUGUGAGCACUUCAUCGAUUCACACAUCUCCCUCUUUUAUAACAAGCCCCUUUACGCUAUAUGGAAGAUGAACAACUGCACGUAUAGGUCCUUUCUCCUUUUCUUUAACAAAAGCUUCUACGACUACAACGAUUCUGUGAACGAUUUGGUCAGUACCCACCGAGGAGGCCAACAAGUAGAACCCGUCAAACAGAGCGAAGCGUACCCCCCCCACAUGAACGCAACCUACAACCACGCCCACCUAAAUGAAUACAUGAAGUUUCAUCAGCUGUACAAGCAAGGGUGUAGAAUAAGUGAACAGUAUCAUCUGGUCAUUCCAGCCUCAAACGUGGAAAAGGGAAACAUGAUUUGUAACCAAAGUAACUUCCUCUUUAAGAGACCCAGAAGCUAUGACCGUUUUUUUUCUUUCACUUCUAGAAUGAGCUUCUUCAAGAAUCUAAAGUUGGGUGCUAGCGGAAGUGGUAGCAGUGGUGGGGAUGCGAAACGAAUCGACACAGACGGAAAGAGAACAAACCUCGUGGUGAAAAAGACAAACAGGAAAAGCACCCUGGAGGAGGAGGAGGACAAGGAGAAGGAGAAGGAGAAGGAGAAGGAGAAGGGGCGCGGGGAGUACCGCCACGUUAAUUAUGAUAAUAUUUUUAAAAUUAAAAAAAACCUCUUGAAGUACGGCACGGUCGAGACGGAGGGAAGCAGCAGUCAGGACGGUGAAAACGGUAGUGAAGUAGAUGAAGGCGAAGAGGAGGAUGAAGAUGAGGAGGGGUGGAAUCACGUAGUGAGUGCUACGCGAGACAGGAAGGGACGCCCUAUGGAGCAGGACCUCGUGGGAGCGACACCCCGAUCGAUGCGUAACGGGAGCAGCCACAGCGCUGUUAAUGGCGGUGCUUACCGUGAUGACCAAGUUGGCGGCGGUGACGGGGAGCGUCGGAGCGACCCGCGCACAGCCCACUCCAGAGAAACCACUACAAAUGCGAACAAGGAACAUCAACGUGGAUCCAACCCGAGGAGUAAUCACCCUCGGAAGACAAGCCACAAAGGAAGAAGCAAAAAAGAACAUAACAAGCUCCCCCACGUCAUCCCCUUAUCUUACCUAUUCAACAAUAUGAGCGACAGGCAUGUCAUCGAGCAGGGAAAAAUGGACAGCCACAACAGCACCAUCCUUUAUAUACAUAAAAAAAAUAAAAUAAAAAAAAUUUCUAUUCUAGACCACUUGAAGAAGCUCAAUAAGAAAUGCAGAUUCAUCAACUACAUUUCGCAUUACGAUUUGAAGGACAAGGGCCGGAGGACUUCCAGGGGUAGAAGUGGAAUCGGGAAGAACAAAAUGCGCAAGAGGUCCGUCAGCUUAAGGGGGGAAAAAACUCUCGCCCAAAUUGUACCCAGUGCAGCGAAAAAAAAAAAACACAAAGGGGAAAGCACUGAUGGUGCGAAGGGCGACCGUGCUAAUCGUAGCGUUGAAGUGGACAUCCUUCCCACCCCAAACGGGGAGCAGCGCCCCUGGCAUAGCUACUCCCUCCACGGGAAAGCAGGAGCACCGCUUGAACAAGAAGUAAACGCGCCAACUGAUCAGAUGUGUAAGGAGGUCAAUCAGGCAAGAAACGCGCAUGCGGGACGCGGACGAAUCGGGAGGGACAGAACCCCCAGCGGCAGUAGCAAGGGCAGUAGCAGGGGCAGCGCUGGGGAUGGCCAACGAAAUGGCAACAAACGACGUGGCGACAAACGAAGUGGUAACCGCAGGAAUGAGAAAAUCUUCCUCGACAUCAACAUGAAUAAGCUUCUGUAUAUAUACAAAUGUAUGCACAUUCAGUGCAUGCACAACCUGACCCCGCUGUGCACCUACAUGAGCAACUUCGUCCCAAACGACUGCAGCGUCACCAGCCUCUUCACCAAUUCCUACAAUAACCAUUUCGUAAACAACCUGUUCUUUCAUAAUAUGUUUUAUGUGUAUGAUAAUACAAUGACUCUUCUGCUGAACUCGAACAACGUGGGGUCGAUAUUCUACGGCGGGGGCGACCAAUCUCGAACACAGACGGAGAUGAGUAGAAAGGGUGCACUGAAGGAAGGCCAUGCAUCUCGCAUCCCAUCAUCUCAAGACGUUGAUGCAUCCGCACGUGGAGACUCCUCCUCCCCUGGGUGGCAAGAAUGGAAGGGAACGCAAAAGGCACUGCUGCGCGCAACGCAUGACUCCACAAACGUAGCAGUAGUGACGCCCACAAGGGGGAAGCACGAACGAGAAAAACAACUAGACACAAAUAUAACCAUCUCGAAGACGGCACAAAAGUACAUAGAGACAGUGAUGCUGCUCCUGUACAAUAAUGUAACCCUAAACGAAUCGGACAAAAUUAUCACAGCAAAAAAAGGAAAGGAAAAAAAAAAAAAAAAAAAUGAAAAAAAUGAAUUCCAACACCUCCUAGAGUACCUAGAAAGAAAUGCUAACACAUGCAUAAGAAAAAAAUACAAUUUCAUUAACCAAUUAUCAAAUAAAAAGGACAGCUGUUUUCUUUUAAAAACAGGAGCCAUCAUUUCUCACCCUUUUCUCCCCGUCUACGCACUUAUAAAUAUCAACCACGAAAAAAUUACAACCUCAGAACAACAACCCUUCGACAAAAACAGAUUCCAAAUAAGGCUCUGUAGUUUUUCUUUAAAUUAUGAACAUAUUUGUUACCGAUAUGGGAUCAUCUCUAGUGUGUGUUGGAGUUCAAAUGGAAAUCUGUUGAUGAUCUCUGAUGAGUGUGGACACUUAUACAUAUAUAAUAUUUUCUUAGGCAAUUUUUUGAACCCUAAGUCGUUUGUGAACGGUGUGGGGAAUGAUCCUAAUGUAGAUAGGAAUGGGCCCACCACUUCUGGAAGCAAAGCCUACACGCAUAAAAGGGAUAACAUCUCAGACAGGGCAGGGGCCACAGCGGCAUAUGCUGCCAGUGCAGCCGAGCACGCGGGCGGCAUCCGCCCCGAUGGCUUCUAUGAGGAGGAAUGCUAUGAGUACGAUGAUGAGUAUGACGACGGGUACGACGAAUAUUACGACGACUACUCCGAUGAAUAUUACGAGGACUACUACGAUGAGUGCGAGGAUGACCCGAGAGGGGGUCGAGCCGAUGGCCACGCGGAGGAGGGCCGCAAAGCUGAUCGUGAGGGGGGGGACGAAGAAACGCCAAAAUCGAAUAAGCCCAGCCAGAUGGGUGCAGAGGACGGACGGGCAUCCCAGGAAGGGCAAGGAAAGAACGGAAAAGGAGCCACAAAUGGGGAAAAAAAAAAGAACGACGAGCAAAGCGAAAGCGUCAACUUUGGAAGCAAGAUAAAGGAGGGAAACAAAAAAAUAAGAAACUUCUUUAAAGACAAUUUUCUUAAGAACAAUAAGAAAAAGGCUUCGGGAGAGAGAAGAGGGGAAAGGGAGGUGAGGAAACGACGCAGGGUGAAAAGACGAUGGAGACCGCAUCGGUGCUCAAGGAAAGGCAGUUACAUUAUAAGGGAAGCCAUGUGCGUGGUAAAACUACAUGACGAGGUUGUGGAUGUGAGGUCUCUGGACGACUCCACUUUCUACUUGGUCAGCAUCGGCAAGGGGGUCAGUCCCAACUCGGUGAGCAACCAUACCGUCUUCAUCGACGCGGACUUUGCCAGGGUUGAUGAGCAUUUGCGACGUACCCAAGAGGUUAGCAAGUCGCAGGAGAAAUCGCGCACUGAGCAGCUGCUCGCUGAAGAAGAGAACGCCCACGGUUGCCCCGAACUAAGCAGCAGCACGCAGGAGCGCCCCACUGAGGCGCACAAGAGUCUGUCCAUUUCGAACUUGGCCCCCUCCGAGUGCUGCCCAAGUGAUGUACCUCGUCCGGAUAAGAAAGACCACUUCUCACCACAACCACGGGAACAAAAGAACAAAAACAAAAAUAAAAACAAUCGUGAGGCACAAACAAACAUGGUCGAGAAAAGCAAAAUGAAUCACAUCGAUGCGUUCUUCAACCUACACGUAUUUAAAAAGAAAAAGACCUACUUCAAAUCUUCUUUCUUUCACGUGGACGCUCAUAAUGGUAUGUUUUUUAAGAGUAACAAAAAGUUACGAAGUGUUGAAGAUCUGGCGGACACCGUGUGCCUCUGUGUUUGGGAUUUGUGCUCUAUUUUGACCAACGAGGAGAAGCAGUUCUUAAAAGGGAAGAUAAUACCACCUGCUGGGUCUUCUGACGUGGGUCCUAAUUCGCUUAGCCAAAAUGGCACUACCACCAUCAGCAGCAGUAACAAUAACAAUAGCAACUCUAACAGCCAUUCAUAUGGAAGGAACGAAAUGACCAAUCGGGCAGGUGCCAAGAAGUUAGAGAAGAACCAAAGUGUUCUCCACCCAACCCUCGUCUGCAUCAUAGGAAAUUUACCUGAUAAUAAAGUCCAGUCCAGUAAAAGGAAAAACAACGAAAGUGCGAACUCCAUUACGACGUUCUGUACUUGGUUAUCAUCUCGGAACCACCUCUACAACGUUGUGCAGGAUCCGUUGGACAGAGCAGUAGCAGCAGGAGAACUCACGUCGAGAACAAAUAACAAGCGGACCGAACAACCCUCGAAAGGGAACAAUCAUCUCACCGAUGUUAUAGAAACACCAAAGAAAAAAAAAGGCAUCUUUUGGCACCUGUUCCAUCACAAAGUAUACUCAAAUAACUUCUCCCAGGAUGCUUACGUUUUUUAUGGAGACCAGUUGGGGUACAUCCACGUAGUACACCUACAGAUGUACAAGAAGGUGCACUUCUUCCGGGCCUUCGAUGUCCCCAUCCUGAAAGUUUUCGUGUGCAAAAAUAUCGUCACCAAGUUGCUUGUUCUGGCGGACGCAAGGCUGCGCAUCUACCUAGUCGAGUCAGCCCUCGCAAUAACGCUCAUCAAAGAGGUCCAGAUAAAGCAUGACGUACCCCCAAACAAAUGUAUCUGUGAAGAAAAAAUAAACGAACUAAAGGAAAAAAGAAAAAAGGAAGAAAACGAAAACGACGGAGUCUCCAUCUUUAAUUUAUCCUAUUUCCUCUCCUCCAAUUAUCCCAAAAAGCAGAGCAACACCAGAGGGGACGACAAGCUCAGCAACGUCAACGGCGUCAACAGCGUCAAUACGGGUCCUGUGGAUAUUAGUGCCACUGGAGGAAGCCUCCGCAAUGGAAGCAGUGCCAAUGGGCCCGAGAACCUUGCCCCAGGUGGAAGCAUCACUGGGGUUCCCAACACAAGUAUCAGCUUCUCCGGGAAGAAAAACCAACACCAACAAGAACGCUCCCAGGGGAACUACUCGAACUACUCGAACGACUCCCCUCAGAACCCAGCACUCUCAGAUGCAAAAAGUACCUCAUUAAUACCCCUCGCAAGUGAAGAAAAGGGAAAGGAAAAACCUUCCUCCAGUGUGAAAGAAAAUAACAGUACACCUCCUAAAGUGAAGAAAAGCAGCACGUCCUCCAACUCCGUGAACCUCUUCAAAACGGUCAGUGACACAGAGGACGAGGCAGAUGCAAACAGUGAUAAGGACGCUUACCAGAGCGUCAUUAUCGGUGGAAUCAAUUUUGGUUACCUCGGAUUUAAUUUCUCCAAGUUUAUGAAUAACAAAAAAAAAACGACCAUCGUCGACGCCUACUUGCUGUCCAACUCACACCUGGUCACUGUGUCCAGCAACGGCACGCUCACACUGAUUAAAGUGUGA